AUGGCUCCAUCCAUCUCCGACCUGCAGUCUUCGCCACUGCCUGCUGACGCCGGCGGCCUGUCCUCCUAUCGAGGCUACGACCACGUCCACUGGUACGUGGGCAACGCCAAACAAGCCGCAACCUUUUACGUGACACGCCUAGGCUUUGAGCGCGUCGCCUACCGCGGCCUCGAAACAGGCUGUCGACACAUUUGCUCGCACGUCGUGCGCAACGGCGACAUAACCUUUGUGCUCACAUCGCCGCUGCGCUCUCUCAACCCGGCCAAAAUCGUCGCGCUUUCUACCGAGGAGCAGCAGCUUGUUGCCGAGAUCCAUGCGCAUUUGGAGAAGCAUGGAGAUGCCGUCAAGGACGUUGCUUUUACCGUAGACUCGGUUGAUGCUGUGUUCAACGCCGCUGUGCGGAAUGGCGCUGUCGUUGUUGCGCAGCCCAAGACUGUGCAGAACGAAAAGGAGGGCGGAUCUGUUCGUACGGCUACUAUUAAAACAUAUGGCGAUACAACACAUACCCUGAUUGAACGAAGCCAGUCGUACACCGGCGUGUUUCUGCCGGGUUAUCGGGCUGAGACGUCAGCUGCCAAAGACCCCAUUGCGGCGCUGCUACCAGAGGUAAACCUGAAGAGAAUCGACCACUGUGUUGGCAACCAGGACUGGGAAGAGAUGGAAGAUGUGUGCACUUAUUAUGAAAAAGUCCUCGGAUUCCACCGCUUCUGGUCCGUCGACGACAAAGACAUCUGCACAGACUACUCUGCCCUCAAAUCCAUCGUCAUGUCCUCCCCCAACGACAUCGUCAAAAUGCCCAUCAACGAGCCCGCCCAUGGCAAAAAACAGUCCCAAAUCGAAGAAUACGUCGACUUUUACGACGGCGCCGGCGUACAGCACAUCGCUCUGCUCACUGACGACAUCAUCAGCGCCAUCACAAACCUGCGUGCGCGCGGUGUUGAGUUUAUCAAAGUGCCCGAAUCGUACUAUGACGAUAUGUGGGUACGACUCAAGCGUGCGGGCAUCAUGCCCCAGGAGGCGUGGGAGGAUAUUAAGCGGUUGGAUAUUUUGAUUGAUUUCGAUGAGGGUGGAUAUUUGUUGCAGCUUUUUACCAAGCAUGUCAUGGACCGGCCAACCGUCUUUAUUGAGAUUAUCCAGCGCAAUAACUUCUCGGGUUUCGGCGCGGGCAAUUUCAAGUCCCUGUUCGAGGCCAUUGAACGUGAGCAGGAGCUUAGAGGGAACUUGGUAUAA